AUGUAUCCCUUAAACUUACGCUCACCAUUUUCUUCAAAAAUAUAUGUGAAUUCCACAAAAGGAAGAGCUGCCAUUGGUUUAAAUACUGUGAACAAACGAGGGAACUUUGGAACAUGUAGUAUUGGUGAAAAUACUGGCAUUGUUAAAUUCUAUUCAAAUGAUAUUAGUAUGCAUUUAAAACAUAUUGAAAAAUAUGAAACACGAAAACUUUAUUUGAACAGUUUACAAUCACUUCUUAUGACUUUUGCAAUUCUUGCAUCUGAACGAAAAGAUGAUGAAUUACAAACUCUGUUCUACAAAGAUCUUAACGAUUUGAGCACAGAUUUUCCUUCUGAAUAUAUUGAAUGUUUUUUACAAAAGCAAUAUAAUUCUAAAUUAUAUCCUGAAUUACUUAAGAUUGUUUUACCAGAAUUUUAUCUAACAGACUAUUAUGGUAUGUUUCUUGUUGCAAUUAUUGAUGUUGGUUGUUCAUCAGUAGCAUUGAAUCUUUUACCUAAUUAUAAAUCAAAUAUACGUUCAACAGAUCAAUUAUUAUGUCUUGAUGCAAUGUCUGCGUUUGCAUCAAAUGAUCAUCUUAUUGAAGCAUGUUAA